AUGGUGAGGAGCCCUAACAGUCACCUACAGAACAAGAUGAUAACUCUGUGGGGGAAGAGAGAGUCAUUCUCAUUCUGGCUGCUUAUUCUGGUGCUGUUUCCUCUCAGAGAGAUACAGGCAGUUUACCACUGGAAUGAACUUAAAUUCACUGCAGUGAGCACAGACAGCUCUCUCUUGGACUUCACUGGUCUUGCAGUUAUUGAUGACAUUCAGUGGAUUUCCUAUUACAAACUGAACCAUCAGUUUGCAGUAAAGGUAGAUUGGAUCUCUGAUGCGCUGGGGAUUGACUUCAUUGAAGAGAUGUGUCAUUUGAUAAAGAGUCAUGAGAGGGAUGCCCAUUCCUUGAUCCAUUUCUUGACAGGAAAUGACACCAAGACUGAGAGAAAUAACACAAUGCAGUACAUAUUAGGCUGUGAAUUAGAUGAUGACAUCAAGUUGAAUAGCAAAAUACGAAUUGGCUUGGUUGGAGAGACUAUGAUUGAGUUUGAUGAACAUCAAAGACACUGGGUGGUCCAGAGCCCUAGGGCUGAAAACUUGAAACCCAUUGUGGAAAGCCUCUUCUGGACUAAUUUGAGAAAACGUUAUGUUAAGAAAUAUUGUGUUGGUGUAGUUCAGAAAGUUCUUCAGAAUUCCACCAUGAAGGAAAACCUGCCACCCGAGGUAUUUGUGUCCCGCCAUGAUUCUCCCAAUGGCACCAUCACCUUCUCCUGCUUGGUCACAGGCUUCUACCCCAGAUUCAUCAUGUUAAUCUGGAAAAAGGACACUGAACAAGCCAUCUGGGGGAAAGAGAGCUCCAGUGGUACCCUGCCUAAUGCUGAUGGUACCUUCUAUCUCCAAAUCACC